AUGUCUGCACAUUCUCACAGAAAUGUCGACUCAGAGAGUAGGCUGAUUAUACAUAAACCCACAACACGACAAUCGUUAGAGAGAAUAGUAAAAGCGUCGUGGGUAAACGUGUUAUUGGUAUUUAUACCAUUGGGUUUUAUAGCCCACUUCUUGAAGUGGGGUGAUACCGCUAUAUUCUUAUUGAACUUCUUUGCUAUAAUACCGCUUGCCAAAUUACUUGGAUUUGCCACAGAAGAUAUCGCGCUUCGUACUGGACAGACGAUAGGCGCUCUCUUGAAUGCAACAUUUGGCAAUGCCGUUGAACUUAUCAUUGCAAUCAUUGCCCUUAAAGAAGGUCAAAUUCGAGUCGUUCAAGCAUCAGUACUGGGCUCCAUAAUAUCAAAUCUGCUUCUCGUCUUGGGAUGUUGUUUUCUUGCUGGUGGUAUAAAGUACAGCUCACAGGAAUUCAAUGAAACAGCGGCACAGACAAGUGCUAGCUUGAUGGCAUUAGCUUGUAUUGCGUUGAUUAUUCCCGCGGCGUUCAGUGUUGCCAUUCCACCAACAGCAGAUUACGAAGUAGUGAAUCUGAGUCACUAUACGGCAAUAGUUUUAUUGAUAGUCUAUGGAUUAUAUUUGUUAUUCCAGCUCAAAACUCAUGUUCACUUGUAUGUCACCGAGGAUGAAGAUGACCAGGAACCCGAACUUACCCUUCUUAUUUCAUUAUUGCUUUUGGCUGGGGUUACCGUCAUAGUCGCUUUAUGCGGUGAAUUUCUUGUAUCCUCUAUAGAAGGCAUCACCGAGUCUCUAGGACUUACCAAGACAUUUGUUGGUCUGAUUCUGCUUCCCAUCGUUGGUAAUGCUGCCGAACAUGUGACAGCUAUUACUGUUGCUAUGAAGAAUAAGAUGCAGUUGGCUAUUGGUGUUGCAGCAGGCAGCUCACUACAAAUUGCUUUGUUCGUGACCCCAUUCUUGGUCGUGCUCGGUUGGAUUAUCGGCCAGCCAAUGACAUUAUUCUUUGAAGUGUUUGAAACAGUGUUGUUGUUCGUUUCGGUAUUAAUAAUGAAUUAUUUGAUUCAGGAUGGCAAAUCUAAUUGGUUAGAAGGCGCAUUACUUCUUGCAACUUACGUUAUCAUCGCCAUAGCAUUCUAUUUCUAUCCAGAUCCUCCGUCGCCUUAG